UGCGGCGAACGGCUCGCUGAGGCGCGGGGCUCCGGGAGAGCGCUGAAAGCCGCCUCGCAGCACUCCGGGUCUUUACACUUCCGCGUCCACGACCUCGGACUAGGGUGAGGAGCCGCGCUCCCUUUUGCUCUUCGCAGUUCUCCAGAUCAUGUCCGCAGCUCCCGGGACUUCGUGCGGAAAAAGAAGUUUGCACGCUGUGGACCCAAUGACCCUGCCUAGCUGCGCGCCUCGCUGCCUGGACUGGCUCUGAGGGGCGCUACCCAGGCGGAUUUUUCUGCGGGAGGACUUUCUGUGUGUGCUGUUGUCUCUCUGGGUUUUCGCCGGAGCCCCACGCCCUCCUGCUUCAGAGUCCUGGAAGAAAGAGGCAGCUCCCUCCGCCUCCCAGCACCCCAGAAGAUGGGGAGCAAGGCCCUGCCAGCGCCCAUUCCGCUCCACCCAUCCCUGCAGCUCACCAAUUACUCCUUCCUGCAGGCUGUGAAUACUUUCCCUGCCGCUGUGGACCACCUGCAGGGCCUGUACGGGCUCAGCGCGGUGCAGACCAUGCACAUGAACCACUGGACCCUGGGGUACCCCAACGUGCACGAGAUUGCCCGCUCCACUAUCACCGAGAUGGCGGCGGCACAGGGCCUCAUGGAUGCGCGCUUCCCCUUCCCGGCUCUGCCUUUCACCACUCACCUCUUCCACCCCAAGCAGGGGGCCAUUGCCCACGUCCUCCCAGCACUACACAAGGACCGGCCCCGUUUUGACUUUGCCAACUUAGCUGUGGCCGCCACGCAGGAGGACCCCCCCAAGAUGGGGGACCUGACCAAGCUGAGCCCAGGUUUGGGCAGUCCUAUCUCCGGCCUCAGUAAAUUGACUCCGGACAGAAAACCCUCCCGAGGGAGGUUGCCCUCCAAAACGAAAAAAGAGUUUAUCUGCAAGUUUUGCGGCAGACACUUUACCAAAUCCUACAAUUUGCUCAUCCAUGAAAGGACCCACACGGAUGAGAGGCCUUACACGUGUGACAUCUGCCACAAGGCCUUCCGGAGGCAAGAUCACUUGCGGGAUCACAGGUAUAUCCAUUCCAAAGAAAAACCCUUCAAAUGUCAGGAAUGUGGGAAAGGAUUUUGUCAGUCUAGAACUCUAGCAGUUCACAAAACUUUACAUAUGCAGACAUCAAGCCCUACAGCUGCGAGCAGUGCGGCAAAGUGUUCAGGCGAAACUGUGAUCUGCGGCGGCACAGCCUGACUCACACCCCGCGGCAGGACUUCUAGAGAAGCCCAGGAUCUGUCCCGUGCCGCUGCCGCUCCCCUCCCCAGACACCUCUCCACGCCUCCCACCCGGAGGUCCCACCCCAGCCCCCUACUGACCCCAGCUCUUCCCUUGCUGCAGCCGCACCUGCAGCUCCAAGGAGUUAACUCUUCUUCGCGAGGACUGAGAACUGUAGAAAGCCCCACACGUAAAUCCCUUCACAAAGAGCAUACGCUAGUUUCUUGUAGAUAUUCACAGCUCAUUUUAGAGCUCUGUACAUAAUGUCUUUGUUUUGUUGUGUUUUUUUUUGUUUGUUUGUUUUUGUAUCUUGUUGGAUGCACCUAGAUAUGGAAAAUGGAAGCCAAAUUUAUCUUUAAAGACUGUAUUUCAAAAUAAAACUUUUUUUUGUUUGUUUCAACCUUC